AUGUCUGCAUCACCACCAACUCCGUCAACAGCAGCUGCAUCAUCUAGACCACCAGUUGCAAUCACAACUAUUAUAUGUGUAGAUUGUGUGGUUGGUGAGAGUGUCAAGAUUGGCAAUGGCACGGUACUGCAUCCUCGUGUAUCGAUUACAUCUCCACAUGGAGCACCAAUCAUUAUAGGUGAACACAACAUCAUUGAGGAAUUUGUAAAGAUUGUAAAUAAUACCAAUGAACCAAUGAUCAUUGGCUCAAGAAAUUUAAUUGAAGUUGGAUCUGUUAUUGAAUGUAAAUCUAUAGGAAAUGAUAAUGUAAUUGAAUCAAAAGCAAAGGUUAGUAGUGGAUGUACAAUUGGAAAUGGAUGUUCAAUUGGAGCUGGUGUCACUCUUUACGAAAAUGAUAUAAUCGAUGAUCAAACUAUCAUCUCUGGUCCAUCAUUAAAUAGAAUGAAAUCUUCUUUACCUUUGGAUAUACAUAGUGGAUUACAUGAGAAGCAUUUACAAGAAUUGUGUAGGAUGUUACCACAAUUCCAUAAUAUGAAAUAG